UUGACAACGUUUAUCUUCAGUCCUAAGUAGAGAAUUUCUCCAUGUCAUACCUUUCCCUUUGUGCUGAUUGAUACAUGAGACAUACAUUCAUUGAGAGCAAAUGGAUCGUUGACGAGCAACAUUUGAAAAGUUACUUACACAGACAUGAAUACAUGAUGAUGUUGUUAUAUGUUGACAUGCCAUGAUGCUACGAACAAAUAGAAGAAGUUCUGCUUUGCACCUUGGCGUGCUUCUGUGUUUUCACGCAGAGGACACAAGCGGCAGAGCGUUGCAUCGACGAGCUUAUCAAAGUGGUAGUGGGUCAGCCACAGGAGGAGCAGACAGCACGCCGUCGGAAUUGAGCAAUCAUGGAGGUGAAUACGAUUCGCAGCAGGCUUUCGAUGCGGCCGGUGAGCCAUCUGCCUUCGUCGACCUGAGAAAUCGGCGGAAGAGGAAGGCCGCUACGACGGACCUCCAAGGGGAAGCAGUCGAGAAGGCAGCUGACGCACGAGCAAAGCCGAUUGAUUCCGAAAAUGAGGGGGUCGCCGGUGUCGAGAAGAACGUCCCUGCUGCCGACGUCAGUCCCGCAUCAACGGAACCAGGCGACGAGCCAGGCGCAAAUGGAGGAGGUGCUGGACUACAACAAAAUGAGGAUGCUUUGAAUGACCAGCAAAGCAAGAAGCUUGCGGAAGAGGGACCUCAAGAACAAGCUGACACUGCGGCUGAGCAGGGAGUGGCGGACGAGGAAGACGAUUUGGGCAGUGAUGGAGGGAGUGGCUGCUGUGGCUAUGGAGGAGAGGGAGAACUAGAAGAAGCGGGAGUAGGAGAGGAAACCGAGCACGAUAAGGACGCAGCAGAAGGAGGUGACGAAGGUGGUAUGAAGGAUGAUGUCAAUAAUACAUUUGUUUCUUCUAGAAUCCCAACAGAAUAUAUUCCUCGGGUUCCCCUCAACUUUCGUUGUACUUCUUAAUACUGGAAUUUGAAUCCUCUCUUAGACGACAUUGACUUUGAUGACUCUUGGAAAUUUGUUGCAGCUGAGCUGUCCUCACGGUCACAAUGAAGGGCGGUUGUAUGAAUCAAGAAUGAGGGAGAACUCGUCUAAGCAGAGGAGUGGCGCAUCAACAACGACGGUCGAAGCGCAGGAGAAACAGGAGGCAGCGACUGCGAUCGCAGCGCAGAGUACGAAGCCAGCGCCAGGUGAGAUCGUGGAUAACGACCCGGAAAAGGCGGCAGACGAGGCAGAAGAGGCUGAAGACGCAUCAGAGGAUGCGGGUGGGGGUCGUUCCUGCGGAAGUUCAUCCUGCGGCGGCGGAGGGGACGAACACUCCGGCGACGAGGAUGAGGGCGAUGUCAGUCCUGGGGAGGCCGCGGAGGCCGUGGAAGAUGAGAAGGCCGUCGACGGAACUGCGUCAAAGGCAUCAGCUCACCAACUAGAGCUGUUGGAGAGACAGCUCGACAAUCCGAAGGCUCUAGAAAACGAUGCUAUACAGAAAAUCAUGGAGCGCGGAACGGAUUCUGGCAAUGAUAUCAUGGUCAACCACUACGCUUGGCUAGACCAUGCCUUAAAGAAGCGCCGCGCAGCUUGUGAAAUGCUCGGUCGUGACUACGUUUUCCGCGGUCCGAACCACUGCUCAAUGCCGCUCAACGGAGUACUAUCAUGAUACACAUAGGUAGGAGGUAGAUAGAUAGAUAUUACACCAGAGACGGCACAGUGAAUAAAGACAAGCAAGAACAAAACCAACUUGCUGUACCAACACAUCUCCUUUCAAAACUCUCAAUUCUUUUCCCGUUUCCAGACUAGCGAUCCGGUGUUUCAAUCGAAGCUGGCUUCCAAGGCACUUCACUACGAUCUGGACGUACUUCGAGAAGAGGGGUGGAACGACGUGGAGCGUUCCGACAUUAUGUUUCGUACGUGUGAUGAACGAGGCGACGUAUACAAGCAUGUGAUUGAACAGUGUAAAAAGCUGCAGCCCGGUGCUUCGGGUUCGGGGAGCACAGCCACGGUACUAAACACCAGAUAGCAUCUUCUCGUACAACUACGAUGUUUGGUGAUGCCGAUGUGUGUUGAUAGAUUCAUGGUUCUUCUGGAAACAUACACCCAUUACGCGAGGGAACUCAUGUUUAGCUGUAUCGAUCUAGUUAUUUCGUAGUAUCUCGGGAAGGCAGUGACACGCUAUCACUCCUGUAGAAAUUGUUCGGGGUUUACUAUUCGAUCUCAUUUCCAACUACUGUAUCAAGGCGGGAGAGGUGCAGCAGUGGUCGGACGGCUGCCGUUUUGGUAUUGAGAGUACACUGAAGCACUUGGACGGGGACGAUGAGAGGCACUGUUCGCGACAGUGUGAAGCAUCACCUCAGAGCAGCGGAAAAUCCUGUGUCGCUGGCUGCAGAGCGAUGUACGGUUGGAGCGCUCUGCCGGGUUGGGAUACUUUAGUUGAGGACUCCUCGGCAAUACUGACAGAAAAGACACCCUGGUGCCUGAAUCACAGCGAAUGCAAGGUCCCGCCUUUUUCCAAACUGAUUUUUUGAUGUGGGUACCUCUAGUGAUGUCGAUCUAGUUGUAUUCUUCCUUUCCUCUUGGUAGGUGGCUCUGCCCUGCCAACAUACUCAUCCAAGAAUAAUCUUCAACUCUUUUAACCUUUGCUGAUCAAAUUCAGGUUCGACAGAAGCUGUUGGAGUGCUACGUCGAAUUUGAUGUGCAGAACCGUGGAGUUUUGCCACACGUCGUAGCGACUGAAAGCGAGAACGAUGUGCAGGUAGACCUUCAAAGGCAGGAAUUCAUGGAGGAGUUUCAAACUACACGAAAUGACAUCAACGGGGAGCAUGAUGAGACGGGGGAGAAGCAGGUAACGCGAGAUGACCAGGAGGCGCGGCGGUGGCUGUGGCGCUAUGGCUGUCGCGCACGAGCGGCAGAGUUAGACUUCCGGGUACAUCGGCAUAAAUUUAUGGCAAGAAUAGUCAUCAGCAAAAUAUAAACUUACUUGUGACGCCACUCCAAACUGUGAAAAUGAAGGAUGGCAGGUAUUUUGGAGCGGGAGAAUCUAUAAUAAUAAAUUAGUUGGAACAAUGUGUAUACAGGUCUAGACGUGUUCUGGUGAGCAACAGUCGUGACUUUUUCCACUGAGGAAAACUAACCGUCCACGAUCUCACAGGAAAGAUAGUAUGUGUUGGAGGAGUAAAAUCAAGAUGAAUAGUAUGAUUCUUGUAUGCUAACGAAUAUGUUGUGCGUUCUGGAGAUGCUGUUGAUACUGCGCAGCAGUUACAGACUUUCCUCUUCUAAUGAAGAUGGCGACGGACAAGAAGGGGUCGAAGAUAAAGAGCGCGAGAAGGAGAAAGAGGGUGAGGGCAAUCAGGGUGGAUCAUCCUUUUGUGAAGGCUCCUCGCCCUCCUCUUGUGGUGGGGGUGAUGACGAAGAGGCAGAAGGAGACGCCACGGCGAUGACAGAAGAAAACAUUGCCCAUUAUGGCUUGCAUGUUUGCCUAUCUAAAAGCAUAUCUCCAGUGACUAUAUUUUCAACAAGAAUCGGCGGAAAUAUGUGGGGUUUUAGAUAGGUCAACUUCAGCCUCCUAAGAACAGAUCCAAGCUGAGAGUAAGGAAGCCUGUCACCAGCUCUGCAUGCACAUGCCCUACACGGAGGCAGCCAGGCAUUUUGGAGUGGUGCCACGUUUCUUGAAGGAGUGUCAGCUAGGGUGCGACCACUGUGACAACUGCUACAGCGAAUGCGGGCCUGGUGAUCUUCUUCAAUCGGCGGAUGACCGUGCCCUACGCCUUCAUGUGAAAAACCUCGUUGUGGGUCCGCUUUGUGAAGGCAGCCAAAAAUUCGGGUAAUUAGUUUCCUCUCGGAUGCUCAUUUUUAAUUGCCAACUGACCGCUAGUGGCUCUCCGAAUCUCUACUGGCUCUUCGAAUCGAACCAGUAGUGGUUCUGAUAUCGUGGUCGAUCCUCAAAAGAGAAACGAAUGAAUUUCGUGUGUUGUGAAAAUUCCUUCGUAUUUUAGAUAUGAUUAUGAGAUCUUCAUCGAUCAUGAAUCUUUUAAAAUGAAAGAGAGGUGAAAAAAACUCACUUCCUCGUUGUUUCAAAGAUAGACACUCUCUUACUAUUUUUUAUUCUCGAAAAUCCAUCAGGUGCAGUGAUGGUCUUAUGUGGUGCCAUAAUCAUCACGGGCAUUUCCGUCACGGCAUGUGCUUUUUGAGCGCGUCCACUUUUGCCGGCGCCGUGUACGACAGUCUGACAUACGUCACGCAGGGGAACUACCUGGAGGGGCGUCGUGAGGGGGUGUUCCCGUUCGCUGGAAACCCCUUGCUGCUGCAGCGGAGCGAAUGUCUAAGUGGUGCCUUAUCCGUGGCUCCCCACCGGCACAUCAAGCCCUUGUAUCCUUGGUUGCCGAAUUUCGAGAGUUGUUAUGCUCGUCAAGUUUGCCUCAUCAUCUUUUAGAGCUAUCUCUCAGGGGUGCCUUGGACGUGGACCUUGCGUCCACAUGCUAGAUACAUUGCAUUAGGUACAAAGGAACAGUAACGGCGAUCUAGAGAGCCACCAUGAAAUACAAGGGCAAAACAGCAGUGAGAUGAACUUGAAAUGAGCACAGCUUUUUCUAAGGUUUGAACCCGCUUGGGGCUCGACGCGUCGUGGAGGAGUUUUAUGCGAGUCCGGGUGGCGCGCGGUACAGAGCCACUACGCCGGCUUGUCUUCUUCGAUUGCAGGUUAAGGCGACGUGGUACUUGAUUUCCACAGCUCGGUCUUAUCCGUUUCCUUCUUAGGACUCGUCUGAAACGAUAUAGUUGGUAUGUGUAGGACGAAGUGAUUUACUUUGAGCUCCAAUUUUUGGGAUCAGAAGCCCUUUCGGACCGCUGUGGGCCCUUUAGUCGGUAUUCGAGAUGGAUCGUUUGGACGCUACUGCGCUGCGCAGGGAGGCCAUUUCAUCGGCGGUGGAAAGCAAGCGGCAAAGCAAGUCUCCGUGUCCGCGAACGCUUUUCUUGCGGAUGAGCCGCCGUCGGGAAGUUCUCCGCAGGCAUCGUUUUUGGAACCUCAUUUAUGGCCUCCUCGCGUAAACAGUAUAUCCAGAGAGUAAUUUUGAAGAUGAUGCUUAUGCAAAUUGGUCAAGGGCUUCAGGACGUUGCUCAAGAUCAUGGGUCAUGGUGAGCUCUAAUGAAUUUCGCGCGCUUGUCGGCUGGAUACGACAGAAAGGAGAUGGCGAUUCGGGAUGAGACGUUCCAAAAAAUGCGACUGAAACCGGAUUCGAAAACCGUUAAGCCUCCUCAACUAACGACGGAUCUAGCAAGCACAUCAACAGAGGAAAGCGCACCAGUCCCGACAGAAGAAACAUCAAAAGACUCUUCAAAUACAGCACUGACCACGACAUCUGCAGAAGGAGAUGGAAGUGGGGGCCCACAAUGGUGCUUACUUUCGGGGAGACACGCUUGGGUUUCAGGCAUGAGCUGGAACUACGAGGAGAUGAACUCAGGGUACAAAGAGUCGUUUCCGAAAUUCGUAGAACAAUGCAGGAAAUUGGAGGGCACCGUGUUGCCAGACCUCCUGCUGCCGGAUGGCAGUACGAAACCCGUUGCGGACGCGGAUGUGGGAUUUCUCGCAGGUUUUCAGUUAGGGAAUCUUGUUGAAGUCUGUAUUCAGAAAAAGCAUCCUCGGAGGAAGCUUUUUCAAAGGGAAAAUCAAAAACCUGGAUUUUUGAUCCCAGGAAAGUAGUCUAACCUUUGAGGGGCCAGCCGGUUACUGGGCGUCGAUUGGAGGCUGCGGUGGUAUCGAUUUUCACCAUCCAGACAACCGCCGCGAGCUGUCGGUGCAACGCCUUCUUCGGGAUCACGGUACGGAUGCGGUAGUCAACCUGAAGCGCGCGCCCUUCGUGCACUUUAACGGGGCUACGUGCCUCUGCGAAGAGAGCAUGCCGCGAAAGAACCAGCCCUGCCUCACAGCAGACAACCUCUUCAUUUUCACCUAUCGAUGCGAUGCCUCGGGUGAAGACUGCCACUUUUCUUUUCGCGAAAACGGCAAGGGUGCGGAGGAGAUCCGUUUUGGCAAGCAAGCAUGGCAUAUUGUAGAAAAUAAAUAUGGCGUAAUGAAAGUGGACCUUCUGGCAGAUGUACGCCAUAUGGCGCUUCGGGAGCAGCCAGGUUGGUCCUACACCUUCCGAUGCAAAGAGCCUGACGACCAGUUGCUGCACUCGCGUGAGAUCGAGACACCUGCAAAUAUCGAAGAACUCGCAUACGAGUUGCGGACAAAGCGUCUCAUCCUGGACGUCCCCCAGGGACCACCGAAGUCAGAGGAGAUGGCGGAGGUGGCGACCCAGGUGGAUACUGAGGUUGAAGCGGGAGAGGCCGAAAAGCAGAAGCUCGAGGCGGCACAGGCGGAGGCAGAGGAACCACGACCUGAAUAUGAGGCAUUGCAAAAGGCAAAUGAGGCGCAGGCGUCCCAGGAUAAGCAAGAGCAGAUACAGACGCCUCAGGAUCAGCAGGAACCUAAUCCGUCACAUGGAAGGCGACCAAGUUCCGCCGAAAAUCCGGAAGCGUCUGGAAACGCAGCCGGCCACGCGAUAGGGCAGCAAGAUAGCUCAGUUUCCGGGGUCAGAAAAUCGCACACAGAACCCCCAAGAUCGACGGCAUCCAGCACGCCGCGCCCGCGUCGUGAUUCCAGAAUGUCGCCGCGCGGUCAGCCAGGCGCCCAAGGACCAUCGACAGAUCGUGUAAUUAGCGCGCGCAAGACCUCCAAGGCCCCGACUAAGCCACGGUCGAAACGCCGACAUCCGAGUACACCAAGAAAGGAAACAAGUUUCAUGUCAUUGCCAGAGCAGUUUGACAGCAGCGGUCACGAAAGUAGCUUCGUCAUUCUCAGGCGCAUGGGAGAAGCGGCGGCGACGGGUGCGAGCGGUUCCGCGAGUUCGCACACGCGUCCCACGACUCUUUACGGACCGGAUAGCGUUCAUUUGAUGGCAAAAGCCCCAGGGGCCUUCUCGGAGUUGGAGCUACCGUUGAUUGAUGUUAAUAACGGGUUUGCGGACGCUGUGACACGCCCCAGAGACUUUCGGGCAACCUUUUCUUUCGUGCGACAGAGCGAGCGCGAUGCGUUUCCGGGCUCGCUGGUUUUGCGCUUGCUGCCCAAAGACGGUACUAAUACGCAAGCACCUGGGCGUGCUUUUGACACACAGAGAGCAUUGCAACAGCAAGAUCAUAUGGCAUUCAUUCUUCUUAUCUCCUUAUCACGAAUUCAAAUAUGAAUGUUUACAUCAUCAAUAUGAAUUAUCUUGAUUUUCUUGCAUGAUUGGACCAGAAGUGGGAGGGUACCGGUACCAGAAGGAACCCGACAAAGAAGGUAGGGACUCCGACAAAAAAGGUAGAAACCGGGGGAGGCCAAAAGGUAUAAGCCUACAAAAAUAAGAGCCAAAAAGGCCGAAGAAUUGCCAGGAAAGGCAGAACCUGAAGCCGCGCAGGAGAAGAGGAGGACAGGAAAGCCCAGAAGACAGCCGCAGACGCGAACAGCCAGCAACCGACGAGAGAAAGAGAGAAGCGCAAAGAACCACGCCAAGCGACCCGAGGGCGCCCUCGGUGGCGGAACAAUGACACUCCCACACGACACACCCAAAACCAAUCCCAGCACCCCCCAAGCGGGACCAGACGAGAACCGAUGGGGACAAACGACGCUGGCGACAGCGCGCGCGCAGGGCGCCGGGGUGUCACACACGCGACACACAAUGCCGCGGCACCCCAUAUCUGAGGAACAGGCUCCAACUACGCGACGCCCGAGGGCUUUCGAAGCCCGCCGCAAAAGGCUGACGCACUUCAAAACGAAAGCGGCCCGCGGAGCGAAAAAGAAACGCAACACUGGGGGGGUCGGGGGGAUCGCAAAAGGAGGAAGCGCGCUGCGAAGCUCCUGCUGCCUGGUUGUUGCCCGCGCGCCUACCUCUGGCGGGUGCGAGGUACUGCGGCAAGAGCGGGAGAACAUAGAGAAACGAAAGGCGCAGCAGGAUGCGGCAAGCCUGAGGGACCGGCUGCAGCUUGGUGGCAAUCCUGCCAGGACACUGCGCGGCCAAGCGCGCGGCUCCCCACCGGGUCCGGGCGCGCAUAGCGCAGGCCACCGGGGCGCUGCGCUGGCAGUGGAGUGGAGGGAGCAGCCGACAAGGAGGGCCAAGGUCAAGCCCCAUAUUUUCCGGGCCCCUUCUGAUACCGCAGCCCCCGUUUUUCCCUGGACCACGUUGGCCCCAGUAUUUCCAGGGACCCAACCAGAAUUAUACGGGGCUCCGCCGGAAAAUAUGGGCCCGGGAUUUUUGCGGCCCCGGUCCGCUUGAAGGGGGAAUAACAUCGGGACCCUUAUAACACAGGGAGGGGGCCCAGUUUUUCCGGUCCAUGAUCCUUUGACUUUUCAAAAAUUUUAGGGAAUGACGACAGUAAGCGGCUAAGUAUGUGCGAAGCUGUCUGGGAAAGCCCGUAUUAUUGCGUUUUGCCGGCUUUGGCGAGUGCACCAAAGGAGGGAGUACCCGGCACAGGGCAUGAGCAGUACAUGAUGCACGGGAUUGGCAAUGCUGCGCAUGACUGCACGUCACGGCGUGAGGUGGGCACCAGCGAGUGCAACAUUGGUGGAAAUAUUUGGUUUAAGGACCACGAGAGUACGGGCUGCACAGAGGCGGAAGCGGAGUUCGAACAACGCGUUUGCGUUCGUCGCGGAUAUCGCGGUGAUGACGAAGAGGAGGAAGGAGACGAGGGAGGGGGCGAGACAGGAGGAUCCUUUUGUGCCGGAUGCUCCGACUGUUGUUGUUUUCUGACGUUCCUGGUGGUUAUCUUAUGAAGCUUUUUCGAAGUAAAUCCAUCUUGUUCCCAAGGAGCUUGCUCAUUGAUUUUUGGCGGAGUUUCUUCUUCGGCAUAUUAAGUACAUAAAUUAAGCAAAAAACCGAGAUAGGUAUAGGAGUAUAACAACUUUUUCAAGGCAUCCAUGAUAGUCGAGUUGAUGAAUAGAACUCGUUGAAGAAAACACGCGCUCUAAUCCUGUUAAUCGUUGCUCUUCCGAUUAUUGUACUUUACGUUGCGAUGCCGGAUUUCGUCUCCCGACUGAUGGGUGUGACCGGGGGGCCGGCGGGGAUGCAGCCCACCGAAAUCGAAAUCGAGGGGAGGAAUCAGCGUCAUGACGAGCGCGUGCACUUUGCUUCAGCCUUGCAGUCAACGCGCCAGUAUGAUGCCACUCCUGACGCUGCAACGGCAGGAAGCGCUGGCGGCAACAGCGCCGUCUACAGUUCCAUAGGAGCAAGCUUUUACAACUCGAUGAAAUCAGGAGCUGCAGAUCAGGAGCGGAACGAGGAUGGCCUGUAUGAAGAGGAAAGGCUGAUGAGCACCUACAUUGAAGCGCUCGAAGAAGGUGACACAGAAGCACUGGCUGGGGUGCCGCGGCUUUCUGGCUUGCAGGAGGAAGCGACGAUGGACAAGGGAUUCACACCCGCCUAUGCGCCGGCUGGCGUGCAGGAAGCGACGCUGGACAAGGGAUUCACACCCGCCUAUGCGCCGGCGCAUCAAACCUCCGGCCGCGACGGCAAGAGGGUACCCAUACUGGUCAGCCCUCGCGCCACAGAUUCUAAUGUUGUAGCAGACGUUGACAAGCCUCUGAGUAGAGACACCAAGCGGACGCAUAAGGAGCGUAGAAACCGCGCGGACGCUUCUGACACGGGCGGCGAGGCCGAUACAGAGAAGGCACCUGGAGCCAACAGUUUUCAGGCGGACGCAUCAGAUCCGACGGAAGAGGCCCCUGCAGAUGAACAGGCGUCGGAAAAGCAUCACCACCAUCACCACGAUAGCAGCACUCGCGGGACGCGCGAAGACGGAUCGGAGAGCCAUCAUUCCAGCAGCACUAAGAGAAAACGCGCAAAAGGAUCAGGUUCAGUGAGACUUCACUUCAGCAGCACUCUUGGGACGCGUGAAGACGGACCAGAGAGACUUCACUCCAGCAGCACUCAUGGGACGCGUGAAGACGGAUCGGAGAGACAUCACCCCAGCAGCAGUCAUGGGACGCGUGAAGACGGAUCGGAGAGACAUCACUCCGGCAGCACUCAUGGGAUGCGCGAAGACGGAUCGGAGAGACAUCACCCCAGCAGCACUCAUGGGACGCGUGAAGACGGAUCGGAGAGACAUCACUCCAGCAGCGCUCAUGGGACGCGUGAAGGCGCAUCAGAAGUGAAGAGCAAAGAGGCUAGUGUGUAUCAUGGCGCUCGCCUAGACGGGACGACCAGGUUGAGUGAAGGUUUUCGGGAUGAUCCCAGCAGGUUCACAUUGGGGGAUAAUCCUGAACAUCACGAGCCGGCUAGCGAAGGCCUAGGCGAUGCUGAGCAUGAGCCGGAUGAGGAACAUGGGGACGAAGAAAAUGAUGAAGAAGAAAACCCCGAAGAGCAUGAGGCAGAUGAUGAGCUGAGGGAGGAUCAGUCAAUCGCUGAUCAUGUUGCUGACGGACACGGCUCAGAGGAUGAUGCUGGGGACGAUGAGGGUUCUCAAGCUGAGUAAAGAAGCGCUGAGAGUGUCAUAUUGUUGCACGACAGAUCAUUUUUUCUAGGAAAGAAAGCAUGCUUAUCAAAUUAAGAUCUUCAAUUUAUCGACGCAGAAUAAUCAUGACAGAGACACUUAUCUAUCAUUUUUCUCUCAUCAAACAGCUGAUCAUGGAAGAAAGAUGCAUCUACCGCAAGACAUUCUUGACCGUAUUUGUACAUUACUUACCUUACCCUAAGCUAUCGUGUUUUUGACUUAUGAAUCAAACUUUCGUGAAGCUCAGGCUUAACAGCGACGCAUAAGGAAUCCAACAAGCUAAUGUUUUCUGAAAGCACGUAUCCUUGACUGCGAGUGUCUUGUCAAGGAUACGCGUGCAUACUUAUUUAGAUAGGAGCUUUAUUACAAUCGGAUGUAGAUUGAAGAGUCUUGAACCACUAUUUAAUGUAAAAUUAAAAAUGAUUUCAUCAUGACCAUCUGAAGAUCCGUAUUAACAGUUGCUUAUGUUUUCAUCUAUCAAGCGCAGCAUCGCAAAAUUGAUUUCAAUCACUUUUCGAAGAAGAAGGAUAAGAUUAUUUGCAUUUCGUGCACAGUGGCAUCGUAUCGACUAAUAUAAUGGCGCUAAGUCAACUAAGAACUGCACAAAAACGGUCUUUAUUGUCGCCUCCUCGUCCUGGAAGUGCUCCGCUUAGCGACUUUUGUAACUUGUUUUCUCUUGGUUUUUCUGUCGUUUGGUUUCGUUUCAUGUGAGUCCCCGCGCCCCUCCAGAGUCCACCGCACCAGCCUGCAAAUGUAUGCUGGGGGAUUCUGGAGGGGCGCGGGGAUUUGGAGGGCGCCCGAGGUUCUUGGCUCGCAAUUGGGUGAGGGUUUUCCAGAAGGGAGCGCAGUAGGCGGCGAGUGUUCUGCGGAUUCGUAUCAUGCCCGAGAAGAUUGAAUUUUGUCCGGAUUUUUGCAGUCCUUAGUUGAAUUUUCUCCAUUCUAACUCCACUUGUCUGUGGUCGAAUUUUUCGCCAUAAUCGGAAAGGUUUGAGACACUCCGCCCGAGGUUCUUCGUUCUUGGGUCUUUUCAUGUUGUUAAGUGUUGGACUUUUGACCACCCGGCGCCCCGAAGCUCUCGCGCCGGGUGGGAUUAGUUACAAAGAGAAGCGACGCGCUGCCGCCUUCAAAUGGUCAGACCACUCACGCGCGCCGCCGUUUGUGCGCAGAUUGUCGGGGGGGUUUGCUGGCGUUGUUCGCACUCUUUUGAAGUAUUUCAGCGGGGAAGUUUGCGGGGGUUUCGCCAGAAUUGAAUAAACCUCUCUAUUGUUUGCCGCUUUCCUGCUCGCUAGGCCAUUUUUGAUGAAAAAAGUGAAAAGAUGUCUUCAGAUUUUUUUCCAAAAAUGGCCUUGCGAGCAGGAAAGCGGCAAACAAUAGAGAGGUUUAUUCAAUUUCGUGGCAUUUCUCAAGAAGGGCUGGACCGGUUGCCGCUUGAGUUCCAAAGGGCUCGCGCCUCCUCUUUUUGUUAAGUUUCGAUGGUGUGGCGUGCUCGCUGUGCCUCUGGUGCUUCCGCAGAUGGCUGAUUAGAAUGGCGCUAAGUCAACUAAGAACUGCACAAAAACGGUCACUAUUGUCGCCUCCUCGUCCUGGAAGUGCUCCGCUUAGCGGCUUUUGCAACUUGCUUCCUCUUGGUUUUUCUGUCUUUUGGUUUCGUUUCAUGUGAUUCCCCGCGCCCCUCCAGAGUCCACCGCACCAGCCUGCAAAUGUAUGCUGGGGGAUUCUGGAGGGGCGCGGGGAUUUGGAGGGCGCCCGAGGUUCUUGGCUCGCAAUUGGGUGAGGGUUUUCCAGAAGGGAGCGCAGUAGGCGGCGAGUGUUCUGCGGAUUCGUAUCAUGCCCGAGAAGAUUGAACUUUGUCCGGAUUUUUGCAGUCCUUAGUUGAAUUUUCUCCAAUAUAUAAAUGGUUUAGCUAGCUGCAGCUUCCUGCGCUCCCCGUGAUAUUUAUCUGUAUAAGUAUGUGCAUCCCGCCUCUUUUUGCGACUGAAGGUCCCUCACCGCAUCACAGGGACACCAAUACCCCGCAAUGAUCCCCACAGCCUGCUAGUACUUAGUUUUCAAAGGCAUUUUUGAUUUCGAUCAACCAUCAAUCAUAUACGAAGACGCAAGUCUUACAGAACUAAUUGGUUUCCUCCACGUGGAUCUUCAUCACUUCUCCGUUUGGCGGACGCCUUUGUUUCUAGCGAACAUGCAUGGAGAGGGGCUGCGACUUAAAUAUGUGUGGUAUUCCGUCACGAUCGGGAAGCACAGCUCAGCGGG